AUGCCGCCAUGCAGUGCCUGCACCACGUACGAUUCGACGGUGUUGCACCCACCACCCGUUCUUACUUUUUUGAGGCCGGUGCUGCAACAAACCGCCGACUCAUUGGUGCUGUUCCCUGCGCCCCAGCAGCAGCAGCAGCAGCGCGUGGUGCAUCCAGCCAUUGACCAGGAAGUGCUGGGGGCAACUCCGAUGCUCUCUCAGGUGGAGCCUGUCCUCCUUGCACAGCACCCAGCGGUGGACUUGAUGGGCGUCGACUAUUUGCUGCGGAUGUGCGACGAGUCUAACGCCCGCACGCCGCUGCGCCCGUCCGUUGGCGCCAAUUCAAAUGCGGCUGUCCACGACCACGUCAACCGUGCCGGCGGCGCCGAGAUUAUCACAGUCGACUCGGGGGACGACGACGAAGGGAGGUGA